AUGGAUCAAAGGAACCUUACAGGAUUUUCAGAGUUUCUUCUUCUGGGAUUUUCAAGUGAACUGCAACAGCAGCCCCUCCUAUUUGGGUUUUUCCUGUCCAUGUACCUGAUCACUGUGUUUGGGAACCUGCUCCUCAUCCUGGCUGUCAGCUCAGACUCCCACCUGCACACACCCAUGUACUUCUUCCACUCCAACCUGUCCUUUGUGGACAUCUGCUUCACCUCCACCACCAUCCCCAAGAUGUUGGUGAAAAUACAGAACAAAAGAAAAGUCAUAACCUAUGAAGAAUGCAUCAGCCAGAUGUGUUUUUCCAUAAUCUUUGGGAUUUUGGACAACUUCCUUCUGGCUGUAAUAAUCUAUGACCAGUAUGUGGCCAUCUGCUACCCCCUGCAUUACAUGUUCAUCAUGGACCCCCAGCUCUGCAGACUGCUGGUUCUGGCAUUUUCCACCUGUGCAUCUCACCUCUCUGUUGUUUCCUUAUUUUAUUGUACAAGCCUAGGUGUGUACCUUAGCUCUGCUGCUACCCAGAGCUCACACUCAAGUGCAACAGCCUCAGUGAUGUACACUGUGGUCACACCCAUGCUGAACCCCUUCAUGUACAGUCUGAGAAACAAGGACAUAAAGAGGACUUUGAAAAGACUCUUUGGGAAGGAAACUAUAAAAGGGCUAAUUGUUCUGGGACUGAAGAAAUGCAUCUGA